UUGAGUAGUAGUCAAUAGGAGGAGUGGUAGUAGUGGCGGCGGCGGCGGCGGCUGCUUCACUUACUGAGCUGGCUGCCUUGAAGUGAAUCUAUAGUGCCAUGGCUGCCUUGGGCCUUCCACCGCUGCCCCCACAGUUCAAACCCAUUCAGCACUUCUUGAGAACCGCGCAGGAGCUCGACAAGCGUGAACCUGUGGUAGCUUAUUAUUGUCGUUUGUAUGCUAUGCAGACAGGUAUGAAGAUUGAUAGUAAAAACCCAGAAUGUCGUAAAUUCUUAUGCAAGCUCAUGGAUCAGCUUGAAGCUAUGAAGAAACAGUUUGGCGAUAAUGAAGCAAUUACUCAGGAAAUAGUUGGCUGUGCCCAUGUGGAGAAUUAUGCAUUGAAAAUGUUUCUUUAUGCAGAUAAUGAAGAUCGAGCUGGACAGUUUCACAAAAAUAUGAUUAAAUCUUUUUAUACUGCAAGUCUUCUAAUAGAUGUCCUGACGGUAUUUGGAGAACUGACAGAUGAGAAUGUUCAGCACAGAAAAUAUGCCCGGUGGAAGGCAACAUAUAUUCAUAACUGUCUAAAAAAUGGAGAGACUCCACAAUCUGGACCUGUUGGAAUGGAAGAAGAAUGUGAUGAUGAAAAUGAACAAACCAGUUCUCCAUCACUACCCAACCAAGAAUCACAGCCAUCAUCUACAUUUCAACCAAGUAAUAUUCCCACAAGCAAUUACAGUGGUAUACAAAUCCCACCAGGUGCUCAUGCUCCAGCUAACACUCCUGCAGAGGUGCCUCAUAGCACAGGAGUAACAAGUAAUACAAUUCAACCCACACCUCAGAAUGUUCCCUUAGUUGAUCCUUCACUUUAUAAUGCCCAACCUGCAGGGGAAGUUCGUUUGACUCCCGAAGACUUUGCCAGGGCCCAGAAAUAUUGCAAAUAUGCUGGCAGCGCUUUGCAGUAUGAAGAUGUGAGCACUGCUGUGCAGAAUCUACAGAAAGCCCUCAAGUUACUGACAACAGGCAGAGAAUGAUGCCUUUGUCUGCUGGCUUCAUCACUUGUACCUAAAAAAACUUAACAAGCGGUUACUCUUAACUCUUGUCAGGAAAAUGCAUUUGCACAAAAGCUUUUGAUUUCUGUGAUAAGAAUACAACCUCUCUAUCUGUCUAAUUGUUUCCGUAGUUUUGACAGAGGAAUAAGAACUAUCUGGGGACAGAGGUUUGCAUUCAGUACACCAGAACUAUAGAAUGCCCCCAUGGUUGUGCUGUCCUUCUUAUGAAAUGGGGUAGGGAGAGGAGGGAAAUGCUUUCUGAGGAAAUACGUGUUUAGAAUUUGUUACAAAUAUAAGAUAAGAUUGUUUGAAAUGCAACAUGCUUCUCAUUGAAAGGUCCAGAUAAUUUUGGGGGAGGGACACUAUAUAGUAAAACUGAUACAGCAAAUGAGGCAGAGAGGAUUCUGCUAGGAACUUUCAAAUCAAGUUAGAAAGUUAGUUAGCUUUAAUGAUAAAGUGGCAGGAGAGCCACUUUAAUGGUUCCUGAUUCCAGUACUCAUUAAAGCAAUGUAACUUGUGUAUUUUUUUUU